AUGGCAGCUGCCCCUUCUGUUGCCGACGGCCGAGACGGCACGGCGGUGACGGGCUCGGUGAGCGAUGUGCCGAAGCUAACGGGCACGCAUGAGUUCACGAUUCGCGAUUACAGCCGUACCAAGGGCAUCGGCGUCGGCAAGUCGAUCCUGUCGGAGCACUUCUCCGUGAAUGGCCGGCGGUGGUACAUCCGCUUCUACCCGGACGGCUACAGCACGGCGGACGGUGCGUGGAUCGCCUUCUACGCGCAGACGCUCCACAAGCCGCAGCUCCGCCCCGUUCGCGCCGAGUUCAGCUUCCAGCUCCUCGGCCCCGACGGCGAAGUCCGGCACACGCGGCGAUCCGAUCGGGCCUGCAAGUACGACACCUUCUGCAACAGCUGGGGCAUCCGGCGGUACAUCACCCGGUAUCAGCUGGAGAGCGCGGCGCUGGGCGCCAUCCACGCCGACUCCAUCACCGUGCGCUGCACGGUCACGAUCCACCGGGCGCAGAGGAGGAGCCUCGCCGUCAACCGCCCGGGCCUCGUCAAGAUGCCGCCGCCGCCGCCGUCCAACCAUGGGGAGAACGCCAUCAGGUUCCUCGCGAGCCGGAAGGCCCCCUUCGACGUGCGGUUCGAGGUGGACGGCGAGGUGUUCGAGGCGCAUCGGAUGGUGGUGGCGGCGCAGUCGUCGUGGUUCGAGGGCCUCCUCUACGGGCACGGCCGCGAGGCGGGGAAGGACGUGCUUCUCCAAGUAGGCGGCGGCAUCGUUACCGCGGAGGCGUUCAGGGGCGUGCUCCACUUCAUCUACACCGACGAGCUCCCCGGCGAGGCCGCCGGGGGGAGGGGGUCGUACGACGUGACGCUGCGGCUGUUCGCGGCCGCCGACUACUACCUGAUCGACAGGUUGAAGCUGAUGUGCGCGUGCAGGCUGGGCGACUUCAUCAAGGACUCCACCGUGGAGGCGCUCAUGGAGAUCGCGGAGGCCUACUCGUGCAACGACCUCCAGCAGGCGUGCCGGAACUUCGCGGCGCGCAGGGGGCUGAGGUUGCUGCGUAACCUAGGAAAUAUACACAGCGCAAUAAAGAAGAGGUUAACGUCCAGAGGCGCCACUCCUCCGACGACGAGGAGGAUCAUGGACGUGGCAUCCACGAGUGGCGCUGAGUGA